CCGGGCUCAUCCUUUCCGCUUUGGCGGUGUCACGAUCAUUUUUAAUUCUUCAUCAUGUGUCGGAAAACAUGGACGAACGGGUUCGAACAGUGUUGUUCUGACGUUGAUUUUUGUUUUUUGGCGGAUUACCGGAUCGCCGUUGUCACGUGAAAAAUGGUUAGCCUUGGCGGCCGUCUACCAGACCUUGCGGUUCGUCAUAUGUUUUCCCGCAGCUGCGAUUUUCCCCCCCCGCACGGGUUACUGUCGCGUACGCCAUGCGUUGAUUUUUUUCGAGGGGGGACCCCCCACGCGGUUCUUUUUUUUGGACCCGACUGUCCCUAGUGCCGGCAAACCAAGUCGCUGAGAAGUGAGAAGUAAGAAGUCUUGCGAUCCCCAGCCGUCUGCCAACGGAAAUGUAGUCAAAUUUUAGAUUCUGGCUUCCCUUUUAGGAUUUCUAGAACGAAAGUGAUGGCAUGUGGUUGUUUACGUUUGCCAGUCAAAUAAUGUUCUGAAUUUGAAACUAUACGCAAUCAGUAACGAUAACGACUUGGGCACUUGAAAAACGAUAGUAUUGGGUGUGUUAGGUUCCAUUUGUUUCGUUCGCCGUUGUAAGGUUAAAGUUCUUGCAUCAAUCAGCAUAACGCCACAACGCUGAUAAUAAUUGUUAAUUAAUUACGAUUAGUGUUUACACAGUCAGAGGUAUAAUAUGUACUAACGUUAUCCUCAUUUUUGUCAUGUCAUUUGUCAUUUAAAUCAAAUGCGACAGAAAUGAAUUGGCAACAACCUUAUUCCAAUUUCGUAUAAAGCACCAGCCACCAUUCAUCAAGCACGAAUCACGUUUAGUGCUAAAGUGUUUACUGCAAUAUUGCUUAUUUGCUUAUAUAGUAGAGAAAGUGUUGAUAAAUCCUAUUUGAUAUAUUUUCCAAGUUUGUUUUGUGCCUAUCUUUGUGAUACCUAAUACCCAGUUAGUGGUUACUUAAUCUACUGCAUAAACUGUUUUCUGAUAUAAACAUUAUAAACUUGAUUAGGUACCCAGUGAUUAGUUUUUGUUGUAACUUUUAGCAUGCAAGUAUGCAAUAAUUGUAAGACAAUUUGUUAGCAGCAUUGGAUAGAUACAGUUAUUAUUUACUAGGCUAUCAACUCUUAUCAAUGGGGAAUCCAACACGUUUUAUGGUAUCAUGGGAUGAUCAUUCUACGCAUUUAGUCGCACGUCUGGGAUAUCUUUUGGAACGUCAACAGUUGGUUGAUGUCACUUUGAUGUGUAAUACACACAGUCUCAAAGUUCAUAGAUCAGUUCUCGCAGCUUGCAGUCCAUACUUUGAGCGUGAAUUGGGUAAUCAUCCCAUGAUUGUUCUCAAAGAUAUGAAAUUUAGUGUACUCAAAUCAUUAAUUGAGUUUAUGUAUUGUGGCGAAACAAAUGUUACAGAAGAUAAUUUACAUGCUCUUGUAGAAGCAGCCAAAUUUUUUGAGGUUAAAGGCUUAUCAUCGCUAGCUCAUGAAAGCUUACAAGAUUCUAAGUCUAUAAAACCUCCUUCCCUUGUUUGUACUACAACAGCUCAAACUCGAAUCUGUCAAGUUUCAUCUUCACCAAUUCCAGUUUCACCUAUUGCAACUAAAGUUACAGAAAACGGAAAUUAUUCUUCGUCCGUUUCUGUUAUCGCACGUCUUGGCCAAAAUAAUAAUACAAAUGAAAGGCGGCCUUGUGCUGGUAGGGGUCGUCCUAAAGCUCAUCUUCAGAGCCCAUGUUGUGAACCAUUGGUAAGCAAACCGGCUCCUAUUACUCCACCACAGACAGAAUCCGCCCAAAUACUACUGUCACUUGCAGGAUCUAACCAAUCAUACAUAUCGCCUUCAAAACAUAGAACCAAUGAUAGUAGUAUGGCGACUGUAAAUCAUGAAUUUCCAAUGAGUAACGGUCUAGACAAUAACAAUCCCAAGUUCAGUGAUGACAUAGACCUAAAGUAUAAGCGUAGUAGGAAAAGGCCUGCAGAUUCGGUAGAUGAGAAUAGAUUUGAUGUAAAAAAAUCAAUGCCUAAUGAUAUGAAGACAGAUGAAGAUGUCAAUCGGUCACCAUUAUUAGCUAGCUUACUAACCAAAAAUGAUAAAUCUGAUGAAAAACUUAAAGUGUCAAAACCACAAGAAACACAAACUCAGAGUUCUGAAAGAUACAUAAAUGCAUUAAAAGGCGCCGGUCUUCCAACAGAUAUUCCAAUAUUAAUUGAGAAUGGUGAUGGUAACUACAUCACAUUAACUGAGAAUGUUUAUGAUAUAUUAGCCAAAGAAGAUGCUCUUCAUUUCCAAAUUACUGACAAUAUGAACCUUGCUAAUCUCAAACAACCAGAAGAUAUGGUUAGUAACAUGCAGGAUGUAGCUCAGUCUAAUAUACCAAUAAUAGAUACCAAUAUAGAAGAUCCGAUAUUGAGGAAUAUUAAAAGUCAUAUGCCACCAGACAAUCCAGACGAUGUUGUUCUGUAUAAAGUGGCUGACGAUGGAAACAUAGAAAAGUAUGUUUUGACCACAGAAGACAUAAAAGCAUUCAAAGAGUCUAUGGAUUCAAAUCCUGAAAGAAAAAAGGAUUCUCCACGACUAAGCGUUUCCGAAAUAAAUGUGCCGAUUGAAAACAAAUCAUUGCCGUUGAUAACUAAAAUUUUAGAUUGCGGUAAUGAAAAAUUUUCAGAGGCUCUAUUAGGCAGACUACCCCUCAGAAAAAGAGGGACAUUCAAAAUAAAUAGCACCAGUUCUGAUACUGAUAUGUUGCAACAAAUGAACAAUGUUUGUACGCAGUCUGUUGGUACUGUAGAUACUGACGUUGAGUAUGUUGUUAUAGGAGAAGACAGUGUACAAAUGGACAUAUUGGGUUCUACUAGUAUAAGCAAUAAAAAUGAUUCAUUAAAAAACACUUCUCCUAUAAAAAUUGAGGAGGAUGUGGCGGAAGAGGAAAUGAGUGUUCUAGAAGCAAUGAUGAACAAUACUAUUGAAUUUUCCACUGAAGAUGGUGACUAUCAGAUGCACAGUAGUGAAGAGGUUUUCUCAAAUGAUCAAAAUGACAAUGAGAAAAUGAUAUUGUCCAAUGUCCUCAUGUGCACGGGUGCAGAAAAUUCCAAUUCUCACGUUGGCCUUGACCACUUUGGAUUCAAAACCGAUGACGUGGACAGCCGUAAUGGUGACUGUAAUCAACAAAAAAAAUCCAAAAUGUAUGUAGACUUGGAUAUGACGGGAAAUGAUUUUAUAUCGGAACCUGUCACUGAGGAGGUAGUUCUCUCCAGUGAAUUAAAUCCGAGCUCCUGAAUUUAUUUAUAUAAGGAUAACUUUUUAGUUAUACUUUGAAUAUAGAAUUGUGUAUAUUUUGUAAAAAUUGGGCUGUACAAUAUGACUUCAAAUAUUGAUAUCUGUCAUUGAACUUGUUGGUGAAAAUCUACACAUGCCUAUGUAUAUACUAUACAUAAUCUUAUGUCUAUAUAUAAAUAUA